UUGAUUAAUCUCCAAAUGUAAUUAUUUGCAGCCCGUGGUCAAGGAAGGAUUCCUGAUGAAGCAAACGCGCAGCUUCCAGCGUUGGCAACGACGGUACUUCAAGCUGCGCGGACGUACGAUUUAUUAUGCUAAGGAAAAAGACAGCCAAUUGUGGGAUGAGUUUGAACUAGAAGACGCUACAUUCGCUGAAUGCCGCAUCAACAACGCUAAUAAUAGUUUUCAAGUAAUAACAUCAAGUCGGUGCCUCGUUCUGUGCGCGGACAGUCGCGGUGAAAUGGAGUCGUGGGCCGGAGCCCUGCGAGGUGCUUUGCACCGCGGGGGCGACGUGGACGAUCUCAUGGCCAGGCUAUCAUGUGGAGAUCAUCAAUGGUACUCCGCCACACACGCCCGGCCAACGUUUUGCAACGUGUGCCGCGAACCGUUCGGCGCGCUGGGCACAGCGCACGCGCUAGCCUGCGAGCUGUGCAAGUUCAGGGCCCACAAGCGAUGCGCCGCGCGCGCCCCUCCUUCCUGCAAGUGGAGCACGCUCGCUUCCCUCGGGCCGCAUUUAGUCGAAGACGCUGAAGGAAAUAUAAUCAUGCCUCAUCAAUGGUUAGAAGGCAAUCUACCGGUAGCCGCUAAGUGUGACAUAUGUGAUAAGACCUGUGGUUCAGUACUUAGGUUGCAAGACUUCAGAUGUGUAUGGUGCCGCAAAAGCGUCCACGCGGCAUGUAAGCCUAGCUGGCGCGCCGCGUGCUCUCUGGGUGCCGCCCGAGCCUCCGUCGUGCCGCCCACCCGGCUACAUUCUAUUGGACCAGACGAUGCCUGGGUCCCGGAUAGGCCUACUAACGCGUCGCCUCUUAUUGUCUUUGUGAAUUCUCGAUCAGGGGACAACCAGGGAGUUAAGUUUCUCCGUCGUUUCAAACAACUACUGAACCCGGCGCAAGUGUUCGAGCUGAGCGGCGCCGGUCCGCGACUCGGCCUGCGCCUGUUCCGCCACUUCGCGCCGCUGCGGGUCCUCGUGUGCUCUGGUGACGGCUCCGUGGGCUGGGUGCUUCAGGAGAUAGACAAACUUGAUAUGCAUCAGCGUCAAGUUCAGACGGCAGUGCUACCCCUGGGCACCGGGAAUGACCUGGCGCGCGUGUUGGGCUGGGGUGCGUCUUGCGACGACGCCGCUAAUCUGCAGCAGCUGCUGGAGCGGUACGAACGAGCCUCUACCAAAAUGCUCGACAGGUGGUCAAUAAUGACUUUCGAACGCGCUGUGUCCGCACCGCCGCCGCCUCCUCCUGAACCUCCGGACAUAGUGGCGGAAAGUUCGUUGCUGCAUAACCUCCAUGAUAUUAUGCAGGCGGGUGAAAUGAAUGUCUCCGCCAGUUCUGCGUUGCGGUCGGGUGUCGCACAGCUGGCGUCGGCCGGCGAGCGCGCGGGCGGCGCAGCGGCGCGCGCCGCGCAUCGUCUGCGCCGCGCCGUGUCGCUGCUGCUGCACGCACGGGCACAUCUUGCGCACGAUCAUGCACGUUGCCGGUUUUGGGAGCCUGGAGAUACUACAAGCGACAGUGAAAGCGAGGCAGCUGCGCCAGUCGCUGAAAAAGGGAGCAUUGAAAAGACAGAAAAGGAGCAGCUCAACUGGGAGGCGCGGGGUUGCGCGCUGGCGGGCCGCGCCGACAGCGUGCGGCGCGCCCUUCGUUCCUUGAUGCACACACUGACGCAGCUCUAUCCCCAGGGUGUAGCAUUAUGCGAAGCUUGUGGCAGCGACGGAGGCGGCGAGAGCGGCGAGGUGGAGGCGUCGACAUUACCUGUCCCACGAGCCUUCGCCGACAGCCGCCGAUCCUCAGCCACUUCUGCUGUCUCGGCCGCUUCUUUACAUCCUGAUAACAUUCCGGACGUAGACGAGGAUAUAGUCAAACUUAUAACUCCAAUGUUCAAUGUGGAUGUGGAUAAAAAGGUAGAGCAAAAAAAUAGUAUUACGAUAAGUCAAGCUCGUCUAUCAGUCUCAAACCUACUGACAUGUAAUACUAGCUCAUGCAAAAAUUUGCAUAAAUCGGAACCAGACACUGAUCAGGGAUCCAGUAUUAGUAGUAACUUGAUGAUACCUAACUUGGUUGUCUCAGAUCUUAGCGAUAAGAGAGAUUCUAUAUUACAGGGAGAAACUUAUGAAUCGGACCAAUUGACUAUUAUAGAUAUAGACAGACCGUAUACUGACGAUGUUCACUUUCAAGAGUUAAUACAGUGCGUGAUGGCAGGGAGCGGAGAAUGCACUCCAGACAGAAGGCCUUCUAGUGUAGAUUUGGAAUUAUAUGACGAUGAUGACGAAGACGAUGAUGACGAUGACGAUGACACAAGUUCAGAGGGUUCAGAUAUGAGUGAUGAUUUUAGUCUAAUUUCUGAAAUCAUGGAAACGAAACCCAGUGAUCUCAAUGAAAUUGGUGGUUUAGGUGGAAUUGGACAUAUUGACUCACCUGAAGCUUCUGAUACGACAUAUGUGAACUCUGAAACACUACAUGGUGAGUCGAUCGUGGAUGACAUAAGCUCUAUGCUAGGACAAGAUGUUCUACUGGCCAUGUUGGGAAAAAAUGGUGAAAAUGAAACUUAUACAGAUGACACAACAUUGUUUACUUCCGACACAGUAUCUGAUUUAGCUAUGGACAGUCGAAACCCAAGUUUGGAAAAAAAUAAGGAGAAAAAAAUUAAAAUAAAUGCAAAAGCUAAUUUUUCUAAAGAAAACGAUAUUGAUAAAUUUGGCUUUGAAAACAAAGUAUUUUAUAUUGAAAAUUCCGGUAAACCGGACGAACAAAAGAAAUACUGCAGCUUGGCACAUUUUGAAGAAGGAAAUGAUAUAGCCCGAAAAUCUUUUAAAAGGAAUCAUAACAAGAAAAGUAUUAGAAAAGUGUGCCGGAGUGAUAACGGAAGUAUGAAACUAUUAAUGCCUAAAACAGCAGAGGUACUGAAACAAAUAGACGAAUCAUCUAAAACUGACGAACAAUCUCAAAAUAACAUUUCAGAAUCUCUUUUUUUCGAGUCUUUACACAAACAAAACAUCUCAGAUACUGGCGUAGAUAAUGUUUCUAUAUUUCCUAAAGUAAGUGUUGUCGUCGAACCGCCUUCUCCAUGCCACAGUGAGGAUAAAAAGAGCCUGAAAGCAUGCGCAAGCCGAAUGGCGUCUGUUUUAAGUGAUAUAUUUGAGCAAGGCAACGACACCCUCAGCGUGAAUUCGCCAGAACCUGGCUUAGGUUUAAAUAGAGAAAGAAGGCAGUCAGAUAACCCUAAGUUACUGGGCUCGGAUCCGGAAUAUGGAAAGUUUCUGAGUUGUUCUCCAGCGGCAACUAGAAGAAUUUCAUGUGGGAGUCUAUUCAAACCUGGCGAACCAGACAAAUUGUCUACUUCAGUGUCGUCUAUUUGGGGUGAAGGCGCCACUGGGGGAGCUAGCGGGUCUUCUAAGUCGGAUACCAGCGAACGUGCCAAGAAGCUACCAAUUAUUAAUCCGCUGGUCCAGUUGCCGGCUUGGCCUCAUGUCACACAAGGUUUUAUAAGCCAAUGUCUCUUGGCAAAUGCUGAUGCGCUAUGUGCUGCCGUGAGCCCUUUAAUGGACCCUGACGAAACAUUGCUAGAAGGUUUCUACGAAAAAGCAGUUAUGAAUAACUAUUUUGGUAUUGGAAUCGAUGCUAAAAUAACACUGGAUUUCCAUAACAAACGCGAAGAACACCCUGAAAAAUGUCGUUCACGUGCAAGAAAUUAUAUGUGGUACGGAGUACUAGGAUCUAAAGAGUGGGUGAACAAGACUUACAGGCACCUUGGACAACGAGUGCAACUAGAAUGCGAUGGUCAACGUAUACCGCUGCCGGAACUGCAGGGGAUUGUCGUACUCAACAUAUCAUCUUUCAUGGGUGGGACCAAUUUCUGGGGAGGGACAAGGGGCGAUGAUAUUUUCUUAGCCCCUUCCUUCGACGACCGCAUCCUAGAGGUGGUGGCAGUAUUCGGUUCAGCACAAAUGGCGGCGUCCCGCCUCAUCAAUUUGCAGAAGCAUCGCAUUGCCCAAUGCCGCGCGGUGCAAAUCAAUAUUCUUGGUGAAGAGUGCGUGCCCGUACAAGUGGAUGGCGAGGCCUGGCUGCAGCCGCCCGGCUGCGUGCGGAUCAUUCAUAAGAACAGAGCUCAAAUGAUGUGCCGCUCGCGCGCGCUCGAGACAAGCCUUAGAGCUUGGGACGAGAAGCAACAAAUGAAAGCUCACGCAGCGUCAGGCUCGGGGGCAACCUCGGCGGCGCCGCAAUCGGCGCGCGCGCCGCUCACCGCCGCUGAAAAUGCGGCGCUUCUGGCGCUGCUCGACGACGUCAACACACUUGUCAAACACGUAAAGCUGUCGUGCAUCAACGAGGGUGCCGUGACCGGGAGCGCCGCGGCGAGCGUGGCGCAAGCGCGUCGUGUUGCCGCCCGCGCCGAUGCUCUGCAAGACUCUGAGGGCCGGCUCCUGCCGCCACCUUUGCUGCGACGCUUACUUGCGGCCCUGGUGGAAAGUUGUCAUGAGUUAGUUGAGGACACAGUGGCAGUGGGCGCCGGUGUGACGGCAGCGCUGCGUGCACAUCUCGCUCGCUGCAAUAUUCACGAUGGACACGCAUUCCUGCAGGUAGACGAGGCACCAAAGAAGGGCAGUGGCCGAAAUUGGCUAAGAGGACGUCGCAGUUUGUCAGAAGGAGGGGCUACAACGUCACACUGCGCCACGCAAGUUCGUUGUUGGGGCAUGAAGGAAGUGCAGGCCUGGCUGGAGUCUCUGCAGCUGGGAGAAUAUUGUGACGCAUUUGGCAAGCAUGACGUUACGGGCCGAGAACUAUUGUCAUUGGCGAGGCGAGAUUUGCGUGAUCUCGGUGUUACAAAAGUCGGCCAUGUCAAGAGAAUUCUGCAGGCUGUAAAAGAACUCCAGUGACAUUCGCGCGCGCGCGCCCGCUCCGAAGAGCGUAGCAAGUCGAGCUUCAAUGGUGUACUUCAUUAAAC